AUGCCUAAUGAUACUGAUCUUAUUAAUAACUUCGCACAAUGGCAGUCUGAUGAGCUGAUCCAAAGUUGCCUGAACUGCCAAAUAAAGUUUUCAUUCAUGGUGCGGAAACAUCACUGUCGUUGCUGUGGAGGCAUAUUCUGUGGAAACUGCAGUGACAAGUUCUUAUGGUACGACAAGAAAAGGGUAAAAGUGGUACAGAGGAAAGAUCAUGAUGAUUUUGAGUUCCCGCCUUAUAGGACAUGUCUCCCAUGUUACGAGAACCUGCUUGAAAUGAAGCUGCUAUUGUCACCGUGGGGAGAUAGGCUAAAAAAUUCCACCAGAGAUCACGACCAUGCUGAGAUUCCUGAAAUAAAUUCUGCUCCACCUACCGCAUCAUCGGCGUCAUCUGCUCGUAUUAACGAGGUAAUUAAGAAUAAUCAAGUCUCAGAGAAUAUCCGAGAUUUAGGUAGCGAAUGCAGUAGUACUGCAGCUCAAUCGAAAAACAAUCAAGAUUACGAACGGUGUCCGAUCUGCAAUGCAGAUUUAGGUUCCUUAUCUGAGGAUGCUUCUAGAGAACAUGUGCAACAUUGUCUUGAGAUGGCGGAGAUGGCGCAACAACACAACAACAAUGUGGACAUGGUAGGGAGCCUCACAUUUCAGAAUAGAAUGCUAGUGUAUGUCGUACCAGAAAACAAGAACAGAGUCGACAACGAAGGCACUUAUCCUGAGUGCCCAAUCUGUUUCGAAGAAAUGAAAGGCGGCGACAAAGUCGGGCGAUUAGAGUGCUUGUGUGUGUUUCACUAUAACUGUAUUAAGAGUUGGUUCAGGAAGAAGACUCAAAAGGUCAAGGCGGGCUCGAUUAAAUUUGCAGGCAAAAACUUUUGCCCGUUACAUGACGCCGUAUUUUAA